AUGCACCCCGCAUCCUAUUCCUUAACCAACAUGGCCGGACUUUUCGAUCUUGACGAACAUCUCGUGUUCUACCGCAAAUACCAUUUCAACCCUUCCAAUGUGACGAUCCACUUGUGUUGCAUUCCCCUUAUCUUGUUGACUACAAUCACAUUUCUUAGCCCCAUCUUGUUAGUUGGCCCGGAUCAUCCACAUGUAAAUGCCGGAUCACUUUUGGCCUGGGUAUAUGGGAUUUAUUAUAUCCUAUUGGACUGGCAAUUAGGAGUACCGCUGGCGAUAUUCCUCACCGGCUUUGUUCAUUGGAUUAAAACAGCUUACCUCAACUUGAAUUCGGACACCCAGCGCCUGUUUGUGCACUAUGCAAUUGCACUCCAUGUCGUUUGCUGGUUGGCCCAAUUUUACGGCCAUGCCUUUUAUGAGCGCCGGGCCCCGGCGUUGUUUGACAAUUUGCUACAGGCAUUGGUGUUGGCUCCAUUUUUUGUGGUUUUCGAGAUUGCCUUCUGGAUGGGCUUUAAGUUGGACACCAAAAAGCGUAUGGACAACCGUGCUGGCCUUCUUGUGAAGCAAAUGAAUGAAGAAAGAAGAAAGAAAGAUUCGAGAAAAGAGAAAUACGUAAAAGAGACAAAGCGCCUAAAGUGA